GUGAAAUCGUGUGAGAAGAGAGGGCUGUCAUGAAGUAGAACAGCUGGGACAUUUAAAGGGACUGAACUGCGUGCCCACGAUCACAUUAUUCUGAGGGAGAGCCUCUGGGAGGCAGGAGGGAGAGGUCAGGAUGGCUGGUGUUGGGGCAAGUGCUGCUAACCUUGCCUGUAAGAUCAUGACCUUCAGACCUACCAUGGAAGAGUUUAAGGACUUCAACCAGUACCUGGUUUAUAUGGAGUCACAGGGAGCUCAUCGUGCUGGCCUGGCCAAGGUAAUUCCACCCAAGGGCUGGAAGCCUCGUAGUAAUUAUGAUGAUAUUGAUGAUUUCGUUAUACAAGCACCUAUUCAGCAGAUGGUGGCUGGCCAAUCAGGACUCUUCACCCAGUACAACAUCCAGAAGAAACCGCUAACUGUGCAGGAAUUCCGCAGACUGGCCAACAGUGACAUGUACUGCACACCCCGCUACCUGAACUAUGAAGACCUGGAGAGGAAGUACUGGAAGAAUCUGACAUUUGUCUCACCCAUCUACGGUGCUGAUGUGAGCGGCACCCUCUAUGAUGAGGACAUUGAAGAGUGGAAUAUUGGGCACUUAAACUCAAUCUUGGAUGUGAUAGAGGAGGACUGUGGUGUUUCCAUUCAGGGAGUAAAUACACCCUAUUUAUACUUUGGCAUGUGGAAGACCAGCUUCUCCUGGCACACAGAGGACAUGGACCUCUACAGUAUCAACUACCUGCACUUUGGCGAGCCCAAAUCCUGGUAUGCCAUCCCUCCAGAGCAUGGGAAGAGACUAGAGCGUCUUGCUAUAGGUUUCUUUCCUAACAGCUUUAAAAGCUGUGAGGCGUUCCUGAGGCACAAGAUGACACUGAUAUCCCCCUCUGUACUAAAGAAAUACAGCAUACCAUUUGAUAAGAUAACGCAGGAGGCGGGGGAGUUUAUGAUCACAUUUCCGUAUGGUUACCACGCUGGCUUCAACCACGGCUUCAACUGUGCUGAAUCCACCAAUUUUGCCAGUAUUAGGUGGAUCGAUUAUGGCAAAGUCGCCACACAGUGCACAUGCAGUAAGGACAUGGUGAAGAUCUCCAUGGAUCCGUUUGUCAGACGAUUCCAGCCAGACCGCUACCAAGCGUGGACACAAGGCAAAGAUACAUGCCCAUUGGAUCACACCUUGGCCACGCCCAGCACCACUCCUGAGCUGCAGAACUGGCUUCAGAGACGUCGUAGGAAAACACCCACUACCCAAAGUCUCCAUUACCCACGCACAUGCUCCAAACGAUUGAAAACAGUGGACACCAUGGCAAUGAAAGGGGUUGGUCGAAGGAGUAGAGGGGCAGCUUUAACAUCAAGAGACAAGGAAGAGGAAGACCCAGAGAAACCCCAGAAAGAAUUGCAGUACUCAAGUGAAAUAAAAGGGCUCACUGGUCCAUGUCGACAAAUGUGUGUCGUUAAGGUAACAAGAGUGGAGAGUGAUUUGUUGGCCCACUCCACCAGAAAACUCAAAGAAUUUUCUCCUGAGCGACCCGCGACCCCUCCACUGACCACAACAUCCAACCAGAGUGACCCUUAUCCUGGUCACACAAACUCCCAGGUGUCUUUAACUUUAGAAAAAGGUCAGGUAUCCACAAACACAAGCUCCAAUGCACAGCCUGGGCCUGAAACAUCCUCAGAUAGAGACAUCACUAUGGAUGUGACUCUCGACUCACAAAAAACUUCUGAAUGUUCAAAUCAAACAUUAAAACUAAACUGUGAAUCUGCCUCAGAAACAAGUGUACCUUCUAUUUCUGUGACCUCCAGUGGUGGUGAAGUUUUAUUUUCAGAAAGUGAUUCCCGACAAGCUAAAAUUAAAACCGAUCAAACAGCCACCGAUAUCUUGAUUGAAAGCGGUAUUGACUGUUGCACAUCGGCACUUUACAAAGAGCAAAGCUCAGUCUUUCAACAUUUUGAAGACGCAGAACACAAAACAACCUCUGAAAUGCAACAGACUAUUCAAUUUUCCGAAAUGCCUCUUCUGACACCUGAGCUCACCGAAGAGGAGAGAGUGAAUCCUCAAUGUCUUGCACCUGAAAUGCCCUCACUGACUCUCGCUGUCCGACCUGACAGUCAGAACACUAACGUGACACCUGCUUUCCAUCUGGAAAAAUCACACCCACCUGUUAUAACAGAUGGCAUGGGGACAUCUUCUGAAAGCACCUGUCCAAGUUGGCCAUUCACUUUACCCCAAGAAGUUGUCAGCCUACAGAAUUUAAACCCAAACAUGUGUAGUGCAAAACCAGUAUCUCCUUCCUUGUUCACACAAUGGGAACCACCAGAGAAGAAGUACAAACAGGAAGGACAUGAACACACACUCCCAUUCGCAGAACAGAACACUGUGGACACACACACUCCAGUGUCCACUGCACAAUUUAAAAUCACUACUAGCAGUCUUUUACAGCUCUCUACAGUAGCAGAGAUGGAUUUUAUAUAUGCUCACAACUCUGCAGUGAUUGAUAACUCAUGUCCUCCCUCUGUUUCAUCAGACAGAGAGAAUAAGCAAAUUGCUCUAUGUCUUGAAAAGCAGUCCUGCUCUCUCACUGCGUUCCAGAGCUCCUUCGCAGAUUCUACACCCUUUACUUCCACCAUUUGGAAAAACCUCAGCUCCCAGAAUCCUGCAGUGCUGAUUGAGAGCUUACAGCCUGAGCUGGUAGUGGGUCUUACCAAAGGUGAGAGCAAUAUCACAGACUAUGCCCAUGACGCACUGCCCUACACACUGUGGUCCGAUUCAAGCUGCCAACAAGACAAGUUUCCAGAUUCUCUAAACUCUUCGCCAUGCGCACAGACAUGGGGCAACCUGGAAACCAGCUCCCUGCAAUGCUCAGAGUCAGAGAUGGCACAAAAUCUACCCCAAGAUCUGAAACAGCUGAAGGUGGAAGCAACUGAAGCUUGUGAGCUCGAUGAGCAGACUAGCUCUCAGCUACCACAGGAGAAUGAGAUCAAAGGUCAAGAAUAUUUUGAAGGUGCAAAGUCAGAAAAUGAUGGGUCAGUGAGUGAUUCUGAGUCCUGUGAAUCUGGAGAUAAAGGUGCUGACACCAGCAGUGAAUCCAGUGAGGAGAAUGCCAUGAGUGACCCAGAAUUUGUGGAAGCAGGUCUGGAGCCAGGGGAAGUCUGCUCAUAUCACAUACAAACUUGUAAGAAGACCACCAAAAGUUGGCGUCACCCCCUAAGAAAACCCACCGCAAGAGCAGUUCCCAGUGCAGUAAAGCAGCAGACUACCAGUGAUGACGAGACCGUAGAGGAGGGCAUAGCUGAAGAAGAGGAGCCAGAGACUGAGGAAUGGGCAAAGCCUUUAGUGCAUCUGUGGCAGCACAGGAAAGCUCAUCUCCAGCAUGAAAGAGAGUACAACAUAACUGCAGCUAAAACUGCUCCACACUGUGCUGUCUGCACCCUCUUCAUGCCAUAUUAUCAGCCUGAGAAUUCAGAGGAGAGAAGGCAUGAAGUCUUGAUGAGUGCUGCUUCAGAGUCACAGGAAUCUUGUUUACGGGAAGUGGGCUUGAGAUCACGACCCCUGAUCCCUGAAAUCUGCUUUGCGUACGAGGAGGGUCCAUGUCCCUUGAAUACACUCCUGGAGGAGGAUGGAUCCAGUCCACUUGUUGCCUGCAACUAUUGCUGUGUUCAAGUUCAUGCCAGUUGCUACGGUGUUGCUGCUCAUGAUUUUGGCCCACCAUGGACAUGUGACCGAUGUUUAAGCAGAGACUUGGCAGCUGAAUGCUGUUUGUGUAACCUGAGGGGAGGUGCAUUGAAAAAAACCUCAGAUGAUAGAUGGGCCCAUGUGAUGUGUGCUGUGGGUCUUCCUGAGGUGAAGUUCAUUGAUGUGGUGAAGAGAGCUCCUAUUGACAUCAGUGGCAUACCUGUACAGAGAUAUAAACUGAAGUGUAUAUAUUGCCGUAACAGGAUAAAAAAGUUGUCUGGAGCGUGUAUUCAGUGCUCAUGUGGCCGUUGCCCCACCUCUUUCCAUGUCACCUGUGCUCACGCUGCUGGAGUGCCCAUGGAGCCUGAUGAUUGGCCGUAUGUGGUUUUUAUCACCUGUCACAGACACCAAUCACGGAGCUCCAGUGCUAAAGUCAAAGUGAGCAGAAGUGAGUUGGCGGUGGGCCAGACCGUGAUCUCCAAACACAAGAACCUUCGUUACUAUAGCUCUCGUAUUACCCAGGUUACGGCCCAGACAUUCUACGAGGUCAUGUUCGAUGAUGGCUCAUUCAGCAAUGAUACGUUCCCUGAAGACAUUGUAAGCAGAGAUUGUGCCCAGCUUGGGCCUCCUGAGGUGGGGGAGGCUGUCCAGGUGAAGUGGCCUGAUGGACUUUUUUAUGGAGCCAAGUAUCUUGGCUCUAACACUUCAUAUAUGUACCAGGUGGAAUUUGAAGAUGGAUCUCAAAAUUUGGCAAAGAGAGAGGAUAUUUACACACUGGAUGAAGAUCUGCCCAAAAAGGUCAAAGGUCGUUUGUCCACGGCUUCCAGUAUGCGUUUUGAAGAUGCAUUCUUCACCACACAAAGUGAAAGGAAAAGGCGACGUACACCAAAUUCUCGGUUCCAGGAAGAUUACAUCGCCCAUAUCAACCCUCGAAACUUUGCCAGAGCCUCAGAAACACACAACAGCAAAGCCAACUAAUGGAGAAAAGGAGUUCUGUUAUAGGUCCACUUAAAAAACAAAAUGACUAUUCAGUUUGAUUUGAUAAAGAUUGUGUGUCAGUGAGAUCAUGAUUUUUAAAAGUGGCAGAAAUACUGUGGUCUCAAAUGUCAGGGACAAGAAUGUUUUUCUAAAUUAGAAGUUUUUCCUGUUAUAUUUCAGAGGUUUUUCUAGCCUCAGAUGGUAUUCUGUAGCAUUGUAAUGUCAUGAUGCCCCACCCUCCACCUCCAAACACUGUUGAGAAUAAUUUAUCCUGCAUGCUUUUGUAAAUGAUUUGUCUUGUGCCAGGCACCAUUCCUAGUCACUAACACUAUUAGCGUUGAGCUCAAAACAGUAUAAAUGUCUAAUAAAAACAUUGCUACUGAUGUCCAGCAAAGCACAUGUCACCUUUUACUCUACUACUGUUUAUCAAUAUUCUCUAUUUAUUUGGAUUUUUUUUUUCUUUCUUUUCUAAAUGGUGCUUAAAGCUGUAAAAAAAAAUUAAAGUGUAUGUUUCCUUUGUGAUCUGUGGCUUGUUUUCAAUUGAUGAAUGCUUCACUGUUUGUUCUUCAUAUAAUUUUUCUCAUUUUAUACAGCCUAUAGAUAUUCAUCAAUACUAACUUAAUUGUAGCUCACAAUGGCAAUAGAAGGUUAAAUGAUACUGAAGUUUUGAAAAACCUAUGAAAAUAAUAUAAUCUGAUCUUACAAUUUAAAAACUGGCUGUUGUUUUUCAAUGAAUGCUAGCAGAAUAAAACAGUGUUCGGAUGUGUCGUCUGUAGAAUGAGGAGCCUCCUGUCAGGGGCAGCUCUUGGGUCACUUGCUUUCUUUUCAGUUCUAAAGUGCCAGAAGAUUUUGGGUGGUGUGCAGCCAAUGGUUAACCAACUUAUUUUAUGGUUGAGUGUCAAGGAAAUUUUGAUUUACAUGUUUCUGUUACUGACUCAUUACAGAACAGUUACAAAUGCAGUACAAAUACAAUAUACAUAGGUGGAGCGUAUUUUCAAUAAUCAGUGGACAUUUUCUCAUAGUUUUGUCCUAUAAUCUUUCAAAUACAAUGCAAAUACAUACAUACAUAAAUGCAUGUAUAUAGAAUAUUUAAGUGUUGACUAUAAAAUGUACUCAAUUUUAUUAACAAUAAAUAACAAU